CAGCAUUCUCAUUCAGUCAGAGGGUUUGACAGCACCAGCAAGCAGCCAUGGACUUACUUCGUGUAAUACCAUAUUUCUAUUUGCUUUUAUGCUCCACAUUUGGACAGCUCCUUACUAAAAGAGGGAUCAUCAGCUCCAAGGAAGGUAUUGGUCAACAUUUUAAUCUUUCACAUCAACAGAAAAAUCCUGUAUUUCAUCUGACCAAUGAAAAUGUUUUAUACGUUGGAGGCCAGGAAAUUCUUUAUAUCUUUGAUUUCAAAACUACGGAAGCCCUACAGAUAGAACACAAAUCAGAGGAUGUGAAUAGCAAGAAUGGUGUAAAUCAUAUUACCAUUGUUGAAGAGCUAGAGGGAAAGAUUCUUGUCUGUGGGACCAAUGGUAACAAUCCAACGUGCUGGAAUCUGGACAACAGAACACUGGAGAAACGAUCCGACUUGAAUGAGGGCUUCUCCCCUCAUAUGCCAAAUGCCAAUUUUAAUAUCUUAAUUACAGGAAAUGAUGCUUACUCAACAGUUGUCCGACAGACUACCAAUGGCAACACAAAGAAGCCGAGAUUUCACAAAAGUUAUAAAUCCAAACCGAUGCUGUACACUGGAGAUAACCUUAUGAGAAAUCCUCAUUUUGUAAAAUCUCUGGUGGUGGAGAGUAAAUCAAGGGAUCAAGAUAAAAUAUUACUCUUCUUCAUAGAGGAUAGUGGUCUGUCCCGUACUACAGAGAAAAGGCUGUCCAUGGUGGCCCAAAUGUGUAAGAAUGAGAUUGGUCCCGAUGACACCAACAAUUACAAUGUUUUUAGCACAGCACUGAAAUCAAGACUAGUAUGUGGGUAUCCUACGAAAAAUCAGUAUUUUCCAUACCUACAAGAUAUUUUUAUGCUGAAGAGAAAGGAAGGAGACCUGAUCUAUGGCCUGUUCAGAAAUGCAUGGAAUCGGACUGCUGUCUGCUCAUACAGUGUUCUGAAUAUUGAGCAGACUUUCAAAAAUUCUACUUUAUUUCAAUCAAAGACAACAGGCCUCAAUAUUCGUCCAGGAACGUGCCUCGAAUCUGGGAAGCGGACACCAAUGGAUACAUUUACUGAGGUCGCCAAUAACCCAGAGAUAACGGAUUGGGUGAUGCCAUCACGAGGCAGUGCAUUGAACCAAAGUUUGGUCUUCUACACCAAUGUCGUUGUGGAUAAAGUGACAGCAGUAGAUAAUGAGACCUACAGAGUUCUCUUUCUGGCUACAGAUGACGGAUAUGUUGACAAGAUGUUAGAGAUAAAUGGUAAACUCAUAUUCGUGCAUCAGAUGAGUCCACUCCAGCAACCAGAAAGAAUCCGAUACCUCGAACUGGAUCCUACACAGUGUUUACUAUACAUGGGAACAACACGGGAAGUGGCCAGACUUCCUGUAGAUAAUUGUACUGCAUACUAUAGAAGUUGUGAAAGCUGCCUUAAGGCUCAGGACCCCUAUUGCGGCUGGGCUAAUGGAAGUUGCCAAUCUAUCCUGAAACAUGAAAGGUUAACGAUUCCAAUUUUGCAAAAUAUUACACAUGGAGAUGCAAGUGGAUGUCCGAGUGAACCAAUCCGCCAAUCCGUUAGCCAAUCCGUGAGUGACAAAAGGGUUCAGCCAGAGCAUAAGUCAACGAACGUGGAUAAUGGCACAUCCAGGCAUUCCAUCGGAUGGCUGCUGUGGAUAGCAUUACUUACCGUGACAAUUAUGUGAUGCCUUCAAUGAAUAUGUAUUCUUCCACAAAGGAUAAAGUUUAAAGGACACUAGUGGACCAUUUUGCAUGGCAAUAGCGGGAGUUUAAGGUCACAGUGUGAAAGGGUUUUGAUGCUGAGUUAGUCCUUAAUUUCGACUGGUUGGAUUGAUAUUCUGGGACCAGCAGCGCCUGCUAUUGCAUUAAAUACUUGACCAGCACACUGUGUCAUCUCCAAACCGCUAUGUAUGAUACUGUGAAAUGCCUGGGGAACACAGCCAGUACUCGUUAAGGGGCGUGGUUAAACACUAUGGCUCACAUGCAGCUUAGUUGGUAUAUAAAUAUCUCCUGUAACCAGACUGCAUUAUGGACAUGUGACGGCACAGGCCCCUUGCCACUCUGUAAUGACAGCCACCAUUCCUUUCCUGUAUGGCAACACUAGGCGGAAGUAAUGUCAGAUCACUUCCUCCUAACACAAGAAGGAAGCUUUGCAGGAGAGACGAAGUAACCCAUGUCUCUGCCUGGUUCCCAGUGUAUCCUGUUGAGGCCAUCCUCCUGCUAGACAAAUAGGGUGGGUGGCCAAAACUUAAAUUUCAAUGUUAUUUUUUUAUUUCAGCUUGCUACAAUUCAUUGUAAAUGCUCAAAAGGACACUCUACUGCCCAAAUAAAAAAAAAAAAAACCCGAUACAAAUCACUGUUUAGAAGAUAUAUCCCCAUUGCGAUCAUGAGUGCCCUUGCAUGUUCCCAGAUUAAGUAGUCAAACUGUUCCUUAACAGUGCUCAGGGCACUCCUGGUUUCAUAACCACUACAGUAGGCUGUAGUGGUUAUGGUGCUUGAUUUUUCCUUUAACUGCUUUUUUUGCGAAUCAGUUCUAUUUACCCAUAACACCAUAGCUGUUUUACUGGAGAAAAACUACUUACUUGGAACCCAAGCUUUAAAAGUUACCUCAUUUUAUCUGUGAUAUUUGGCAAUACAAUGUUCUUUUCGUGAAACAUACUGCUACAGGAUGCUUAACUCUGUAUCCUUAAACCCUGCUGGAAAGGGGGAUAUUCUUAGCACUUGCACCUAGAAAGUUGAGAUUCCAAGAAGCUUAACUGCUUGGCCAAUUCUUGGUUAAGUUAUAGCUUAUUGCAGAUGCUGCUUUUCCUGGCGAUUUGCAGCUCAAGGGCUUUAAAGAUAAUUUUAUUUUUGUAAACCUUUAAAUUAUUUUAUGUUUUUUUGUAAAAAUAAAUACCAUGGGACUGGAAUUAAAUUUCUUUAAACAUUUCCAUUAACCAGAGAUGCCUAUUAACAACACAAUCUACUUAAAGGAUAGUGUGUUCCACUACUGAUGGACCAGCAGGACGCCAAGAUUUGGUGUUCUUACGUCCCUACAAUUCUCUACUAUUAAAUGCAAUAUCUGUACAAAUGAUCAGAGCUAUCAAAUCACAUGCCUUGCAAGCACAGUCAGGGACAUUUGUAGAACUUUAUAAAUUAGCUUUUGGAAUCCAGAAUGUUCAAAUUCUGUUAAUCCUUCUCAGAGUUGAAAUAUAUCCUUGGCAACGCCAUCUGAGUUCAAGCAGGGCUUUCAGUGGCAAGAUUUAAAUAUCUUCAAAUCAGUGCAGAAUAAGAGUUAACUCUUUUUGCCAUUCACUUUGAAAUUGGAUUACGAACCCCAAGUGAGCAAACCUGAUUAUGUAUUUCUAGUAUGUGAACCCUGUCUCUGCAUUCCAAAUUAGUUGGACAGCAAACACCAGUACACAUAGUCACGGUAUGGCUGAACGUGAUGGGAGAAUCAAUUCACAGCAUCCUGGAUCGCUUGAGGUAGCCAAUAGCUACUUAUUAUAGUGAACAAAACUAUUAUUUUUUUAAUAUGGAUAGUCCUGUAAAAAAAUAAAAAUAAAGAUACCUUUAGGACAGGCAUAGGCAACCUUCGCCACUCCAGAUGUUUUGGACUGCACCUCCCAUGAUGCUUUGCCAGCAUUAUGGGUGUAAGAGCAU